ACACUUUCUUCCCUAAAGUGUGUGUUUGGGUCUGAUUUUCCUUUUCUCUCUCUCUCUCUCUUUAUGUCUGUGUUUAUCUCUAUCUCUAGUUGUCUUAGCCGUUGGAAACUGAGGUAAGAAAGUGGAGAAAGAAAGUUCAAAAAAAAGGUGUAUUUCAUAUGGGUUGGUUCCCUUGUGGUGGAAAACCAAACAAAAAAGGAAAGAAAAAGCUGCCCAAUCAUAAUAAUACAACCACCAUCAAUUCAUCUGAUGAUCAGAUCCCAUCUACUUCAGAAAAGCUGAAGGUGAAUUCUGUGCCGGAUGCUAAGAAGGAGGCUAACAAGGAUGGAGGGUCGGAUCACAUUGCAGCACACACAUUUACUUUCCGUGAAUUGGCAGCUGCAACGAAGAAUUUCCGGGCAGAUUACCUUCUGGGUGAAGGAGGUUUUGGCCGAGUGUAUAAAGGGCGAUUGGAGAGCACUAAUCAAGUUGUGGCAAUCAAGCAACUUGAUCGUAAUGGACUGCAAGGGAACCGGGAAUUCCUUGUCGAAGUAUUGAUGUUGAGCCUGCUUCACCAUCCUAACCUUGUCAACUUAAUUGGAUAUUGUGCUGAUGGAGAUCAAAGGCUUUUGGUGUACGAGUACAUGCCGUUAGGAUCUUUGGAAGAUCAUCUACAUGAAUUACCUCCAGAUAAAAGGCAACUAGAUUGGAAUACAAGAAUGAAAAUAGCUGCAGGUGCUGCAAAAGGUUUGGAGUAUUUGCACGACAAAGCUAGUCCGCCUGUUAUAUAUCGUGAUUUAAAAUGCUCAAAUAUAUUGCUUGGUGAGGGCUAUCAUCCGAAGCUAUCGGAUUUUGGCUUGGCCAAACUGGGUCCUGUUGGGGAUAAGACUCAUGUAUCCACGAGAGUGAUGGGCACGUAUGGAUAUUGCGCACCAGAAUAUGCAAUGACUGGUCAGCUUACAUUGAAAUCGGACGUUUAUAGUUUUGGUGUUGUUUUGCUUGAAAUCAUUACUGGAAGAAAAGCUAUCGACAAUUCGAGAGCUGGUGGUGAGCAAAAUCUAGUUGCCUGGGCUCGUCCUUUGUUUAAGGAUAGAAGGAAAUUUGCGCAAAUGGCCGACCCAUUACUUCAGGGACAAUAUCCGGUAAGAGGUUUGUACCAAGCUCUAGCUGUGGCUGCAAUGUGUGUUCAAGAACAGCCGAAUAUGCGACCACUGAUAGCCGAUGUAGUCACUGCCCUCAGCUAUCUUGCUUCUCAAAAGUAUGAUCCAGGAACUCAGACGGUUCAAGGAUCUCGUACCGGUUCUUCCACUCCGAGAAUGAGACGGGAAUAGUUUCAGGUAAGGGAAAGUAACCAUUUACUCCAAUGAGAAGAAUUGAAUCUCUUGGCAGCUGAUGAUUGAGAUUAAGAAGUAACAGGUUUUUAUAUGUUUGAGAUUUACAAUUCUCGGGCCCGGAGUCCCUUGCCAAUCUAUCCCUGGAUGUGGAAAUUUGUGAGUCUGGAUGGCCGGUCCGAUGCCCGAUCUUACCUGGUUUAAUGUAACAGUUUUCCCCAUCUUUUGUUUUUGCUUGAAACCCUUUUGGCCUCUCAUUUACUCUUUUUUUUCUGUCCAAAAAUUUGUUCUUAAAUGUACAAUUGAGCUUUGUAUCUAAAAUGUCUUUGAUAUACAAACUGCUGUUCCCUUAAA